AUGGUGUUCGAAACUUUUGACACCAGAGAAGGGAGGGCGAAUUGGACCAGAGAAGGUAGGGCAAAUGGGACCGGAGAAGGAAGUCGGCUUUUGAUCGAAUACUGGAACCCUAUCCUCCCAAAUGCGGCCGGAGGAGCCUUGCCUCCUAAAUGA